AUGACGACACCACCCGCAUUCUACCACGCGCUCCUCCGGCCCGUCGUCCUACAAAUCCUCAGACCUACUGGCUACUACGCCUGCCGCCCCGCGGUGCUGGACACCUUUACCGAUCUCGCCGCGCGAUACCUCUAUAUGCUAGCCGAGAAGACGGCCCAGCAUGCCGAAGACAACGAGCACGCCGAACUUCCUCCAUCGUCGACGGGCAUGGACGAGUUCUUGGCCUGGUUUUCCGGGCCUAGGAACAAGCUUAUUCGGGAUUACGCUGCCGUGGAUGGUGACCCGGAUGCGACAGACUACCUAUCCGCCCUCAAAAGAAACACAGCAAGACAGGCGAAGAUUCAAAAUAUCAUUCGACAAUAUUAG